GUUUUAUAAAAUAAUUUUUUUUGGUAUUAUUUUGAAAUUAUUUUAUUUAAAGGACCAGAAGCAAUGAGCAUAAACGCCAUUUCUAUUCAUCUCCUUCAUGGCCACUGAUUUAUGGCUACUAAUUCAUCUCCUCUUUCUGUCUACUAUUUCCGCCUCCGGCGACGGUAACGAAGUGUACUUCGUGAGCAUAGAUUGCGGGGGAUCGAAUAAUUUCACUGAUGAAAACCUUAUCGAAUGGAACGGGGAUGAUAAGUUGAUCUCGCAGGGUGUUUCGCACGAGGUGAAAUCUGAUUACUCGAUAUCUCGUGUUUACGACACAUUGAGGGCUUUCGACAAUGCCCGUAACAAGAAUUGCUAUUCAAUAGAAGCAAAAGAGGGGCAAAAGGUUUUGGUUCGUGUGGUUUUUAACUACGGGAACUACGACGGAAGGAACUCUGCUCCGACGUUUGACCUUCAUUUCGAUGGGAACUUUUGGGUCACUGUCAACACUUCGGAAGCAACAUUGUAUGAAGCUAUUUAUGUUGUGAAAAGGAACGUUAUCGGUGUCUGUGUGGCACGAAAAUUUCCGAACCAGGUUCCGUUUAUAUCGUCUCUUGAAGUCCGUGGCAUCGACCCCGAAGCCUACGACGGUCGCAGUCCGGAUUACGCGUUACUCACCAACUAUAGGAUUGGUUUUGGCCUAUCUGAUGAAACUAUAAUCAGAUUUCCGGAAGACCCGUAUGAUAGAAUAUGGGUUCCCGAGAACAUUGGUAUUGGACUAGUACGUCUUAACGACACAUCUACCAUCGAUGACAAUUCAAUCGAUAAUCCUCCUACACGGGUCAUGAAUGGUGCAAUUGCGACAAUGGACACAGAUCAUUUCAUAACCUUGAGCUUCUCUAUCGUUAAGUACCCCAUUCGUUAUCCAAUGUACAUAAACUGGUAUUUCACUGAAGUCCAAGGGCUCGGGCCUGGAGAAUACCGGUCUUUCGAAAUCUACAAAGACGAUGAUAACAUCUCAGUCCCAACUGUACCGCGUAUCGGUUAUGUGUCUCAAUAUUUCGUCCCGGAUCUCUCCGUCAAUGGCACCAUUAACUUCUCCAUCGUUGCUACCGAUGAUUCCACGCUUCCCCCUCUCAUCAAUGCCAUCGAGAUCUUUUCGAUCAGUGAUGCCCUAACCAAUGGAACCGACGACAACGACGCCGAAGGUUUAGAUUCUCUUAAAAGCGCAUUUGACGUUUUAAAAGAUUGGGGCGGAGACCCGUGUCUUCCCGCACCAUAUUCAUGGGAUUGGAUCGUAUGCAACGAUGAUCCUAGACCUCGUGUAACAUCGCUAAAUCUGAAUGGUUAUAGCCUCUCUGGGCCACUUCCGGACUUUAGGAGCAUGGAUGCUCUUGAAAUAAUAGAUUUACAUAAUAACAGCUUGACUGGAUUUGUACCUGAUUUCCUUGGCGAUAUUUCAAACCUUAAACAACUAAAUUUGGCAGAUAAUCAGUUCAAAGGAUCCAUACCGAGGUCACUAUUAAGAAAUUCCCAGUUAAAUUUAUCAUAUACAGGAAACCUUUUGUUAACGAGUAGCUCAAAUAAAAAGAAAACAUGUAAAUUGUCAGUGAUACUUGCUAUCGCCAUUCCGGUGUUCUUCAUUGUCUAGGCUAUCACGGGCUUUUUGGUCAUUUCUGCUUCAUGCAGGUUAGCUUCCAUAAAUAAAUUGUUCAGAUCGGUGUUGUUAUAAUAAGCUAUUUUUAAUAAGCUCUUGAUUGGUUAGCUUUAUAUAUAUAUGUAUGUAUAUAUAUAUAUACACACACAUGUUCGAGAUAUUUCGAGAGUGAUGAAGCGUUUGUAUCGUCAAUAUUUGUGAAUAUUUGGUU